AUGGAGCGGCGCCGGGAGCCGGCACGGGCCUGGCAGGGCGGCGGCAGGCCCCGCCACAGCACCAAGGGCCGAUCCGCGGCCGGCAGCUCCAGGUCCCGGGCCUGCUCAUCGCGGCAGGCCCCGCCCGAGCCGCCUUCGGGCGCGGGGCUGCCGGGGGAGCUGGGCCGGCGGUGCUGGCUGGCGCUGCGCUGCGAGCGGCUGCCGCAGGAGCCCCGCCCGCCAAGUACUAACCACUGCCGGGAUGUGCUCUUGGCAAAAUCGGAGGAGUCGCCAGUGAGGAGUGAGGCACGUGGAGAUCCUCCAUCACCUUUUCAGAAGGGACAACGAUACUAUGAACAGGGGUUGUACAAACAAGCGUUAAAGCGAUUUGAAAAAAUCAAGGAUACAGAUUUUCAAGCAAUGUAUCAGCUUGGUGUAAUGUAUUAUGAUGGACUUGGCACUAAAAAAGACCCUGAGAAGGGAGUGGAAUACAUGAAUAAAAUAUUCAACUCUGAUUCCCCAGAAGCAAAUCACUUGAAGUUUGCAGCUGCAUACAAUCUUGGCAGGGCAUAUUAUGAAGGAUGUGGUGUUAAACAUUCAGUUGAAGAGGCUGAAAGGUUGUGGCUUACUGCUGCAGACAAUGGAAAUCCAAAAGCAAGUGUAAAGGCCCAGAGUACUUUAGGAAUGCUUUAUUCUAUGCCAAUUCUAAAAGAUAUGAAGAAGGCCUUUUUCUGGCAUUCAAAAGCAUGUCAAAAUGGAAAUCUGGAAUCAAAGGCAGCACUUGGCAUUAUGUAUCUCUAUGGACAAGGUACACGUCGAAACAGCCAAGCUGCUUUGGAGUGCCUGAGAAAAGCAACAGAACUUGGAAAUAUCUAUGCUCAAGGCCAUCUUGUGGAAUAUUACUACACUGGAAAAUUUUACUCAAAAGCCGCUGAACUAGCCAAAAGGGCUACAGCAGAUGAUGACAUCAACAUGCUAGCCAAGCUAAAUGAUUGCCAUCCAACCUAUUUAGCCAAGGGGGCUGCUAUGGCUGCUUUCUACUUGGCUAGAUGCCUCCAGCUAGGCAGAGGCACAGAGAAAAACAAGCAGGCUGCUGAGAAGUACUAUUCUAAAGCAUGCCAUCUGGAUCCUGUUGUUGCUUCUCACCUUGAAUUGGCAGCGAAUCUUGGGAGAAUUUAGUGUUUCUUUUAACUGUGACUGGUAUAUAAAUAUAUUUCCUACAAUAAACCAUCAUUAAUCUC